AUCCCUGUCCAACAACGCCGCGUUGGUCGCAGGAUCAGGUGUCAUUUUAUUUUCGUCGCAAGGGGCAUCCAUCACCAAAUUCUUUCUCUCUCUGCCAUCCCCACUCAAGUCGAUCAUCUACUCGCGCAUCACCGUCAGCAGUCAUGACAACACAGGCUCCAGCUCUCACAACAACCUUCACACCCGCGAAAUCAUGUUUUCAGUAUUACAAAUACAGAUACACAGGCGAUGAACUCACAUGUCUAGAAGGCGGCACCGGUGCGCCCAGUGCGUGCACCUACAUGCAGCUGGGUCCUUCAGGGAGCGACGCAAACUGUUUCCCCAGCAGCUUGGAACUCGGCUCGACGUUUUACUACUCUCCUGGUGUAUGUCCCAGCGGAUAUGAAGUCGCAUGUAGCUCGACAGUCGGCGGCGAGACAAGAGCGACGUGCUGUCCAAGUUCAUUUAGUUGUCAAACGGAGUCAGGCUGGCCUUGGUACAGCACUGAUCUUUGCACUAUUGCGAUCCCACGAACGGUCGAGGUGAUAGUUUCCGAAUCAGUUGUUGGAGGAGAUUGGAAGAGGACUACUGUUAGCGGAGCUGCGGCUAAUGCAAUUGGUAUUCCUAUCCGCUGGCAUUCCUCCGAUUUUGCAUCCACCACAACUGGAGCGAGAACUUCUGCAACUGGUAGCGCGACUGAAACGAUUUCUUCUUCGACCAGCGAGCCUUCGAGUGAUUCGUCGUCAGAUAAUGGGGGAUUGAGCACUGGAGCCAAGGCAGGCAUCGGAGCUGGCGUUGGAGUUGUAGCUCUUGUUGGAUUAGCAGCACUAGGUUGGUUUAUACUCCGGGCGAGAAGGGCUAAGCAGGCAAGUAUGGCUGCUGCUGCUAGGGAAGAGGAGGCCAAGGAGCCUCAGAUGCAGCCGCAACUGCAUCCAUGGGAGCUUGAUAGUCACGAGGCUAUGAUACCGGCGGAGCUACCGUCGGAUAGUGUCAGUCAUAUGGGGUACAAAUAGAGCAGGAAAUAAUAGGUAAUUUUAGCGUUGAAAUUCUUUUUGUUUUUUUUUUCAAUUACACCCAGCGUUGCGUUACUGAAUCUCAAACAACCUCUCUCAUCAGCUGUCGCGAUCGUUGGUACGCGACCGCCAAAGGGCAUUGACGUGGUCCUGGCCUUUCGAUUGCCCACAAUAACGCAACGAUCCGGACUCUGUUGGUUGCGACAUUGCCAAGAGCAACAUUCAAUUUUUCAAGUCACAUCGAUUGGCAUGGUGGGGGCUGUGAAGCGCUUAGAAGCUAUCCGAAAACCCGGGCGCUUGCACAGCCAAGAUGAUUGGAGAAUGCAUCCCAGCAAUGUGGUUCCGUAGCAUGUUCACCUCAGAAAUCUAUCUCUUAAUUGUCGA